AAAGGGUGUUUUCGGGGAAGGCGCUGAAAAUGCCGCUGGCGGAGGGCAGGACGGGAGGUUGGGACCCCAAAUCCCACAGGGCCGGUUUUGGGGCCGUCCUGUGGGAUGCUCAGCUGUGGCCUCAGCGUUUCGGGGGGUCUGGAGGGCAGCAGCCACGGGGCGCGGGGGUGGCACCUUCGUGCGACAUCUGCCACCCUCCCCUGGCGAACACGGGCACCAAGGAGCUGGGAACGAGCGGCGGGGCGUUCGGAGCUUGCCGAGCCGGCAGGCCGGGCUGCAGCGGGAUCUCCGCAUGGCCCUGAGGUUUUGGGGGAGCGUCCCCCCGGCCGAAAGCCACUUUGAGUCAGGGUUCGUCUGCAGAGCCCCCCAAAGCCAAGCCCAGGGGCACAGGCAGCACCAUUGUCCCGGGAAGACUUCAACUUCCCAAAGGCAGGAGGGAUCCCACCCCCAGUCAACUCCCCUCUUUCCCCCCCCCCUCCUUCUUUUUUUCUUCUUCUUCUUUUUUUUUUUUUUCAUUUAAUUUUAUUUUCCAAACCACUUGAUCUUUGCUUGGGAACCUCCAUUAAUUGCCUGGGUUUGCCUCUUCGCCUGGUCCCUUUAUCAUUAUUUAUGGCCUUUGAAAUUGUGUAAAGUUCCCUUGACGUUCAAUUUACAAGUUUGGGGGCUUUUUUUUUUUCCUUUUCCCCCCCCUUUUUUUUUUUUUUUUUUUUUUUUGUUCCAGCUUUUGUCCUCGCCAAAGACAUCGUGUUGGAAAAGGCUUUGAGCCGGCCAACAUGAGAAGCUCGCCGGAGAAAAAGGAGCAGCCCCUCCAUCGCUUUUAAUUCCGCCGUGUUGCUGAAUGGCUCUUUUACAUAAUUGCAGAAGCAAUUUCAAAGCCAAGCCAGGGGCUGACUUUACCCAGAACCACAUGGAGCCUAUUUGGGGGCUUUUCAAAAAAAAAGAAAAAAAAAAAAAAAAAAAAAAGAAAGAAAGAAAGAAAAAGGGGAAAAAAAUAAAAAAGGGAAAAAAAGGAAAAAAAAGGGAAAAAAAGGAAAAAAAAGGAGGGGGCGAGAAAGGAGGGAGAGAAAAAAAAAGGAGGGGAAAAAGAGAGGGGGAGCGUGGGUUAAAAAAAAAGAAAAAAGGAAAAUGUCUGGGGCCAGAGCGGUGUCCGGGGGCUCGGAGGCGCGCGCGGGCGGUCACGCGUGGGCCGCCCCGUCCGGGGCGCCGCGAACGGGGCGGGGCCGGGGGGCGGGGCCUCGGCAUCAGACCACGCCCCCUCUCCCUCUCGGCCAACGGGCGGCGGCGGCGGCGGCCACGUGGGGCGGGCCGGGUUCCCAGGCGGCCAAAAUGUGAAUGGGCGCGGGGGAGCGCGGGCGGGCAGAGCGGCGGCGGCGGCGGCUCCGCGGGGGCGCAGGGCGCGGGCGGGGCGGCCCCGAUGUGCGGGCGGCCGCCGAGCUGUCGGGCCGCGGCCCCGCUCCGCCCCGGCUCUGCCCCGCGCUGAGGGCAGCCAGGACGCCGCCGCCGCCGAGCAGCUGCAGCAGCAGCAGCAGGAGGAGGAGGAGGAAGAGGAGGAGGAAGGUGGUCGCUCGCUCGCUCGCUCCCGCCGCCGCUCCGGCAUGAGCGCGGCUUUCCAGCCCUCGCUGAUGAUGAUGCAGCGCCCGCUGGGAAGCAGCACGGCCUUCAGCAUCGACUCGCUGAUCGGCAGCCCCCCGCCGCCCGCCCCCGGGCACUUCGUGUACACCGGGUACCCCAUGUUCAUGCCGUACCGGCCCGUGGUGCUGCCGCCGCCGCCGCCGCCGCCCGCGCUGCCGCAGGGCGCGCUGCCCCCCGCGCUGCCCCCCGCGCACCCGCACCACCACCAGCUGCCCAGCCUGCCCUCCGGCUUCUGCUCCAGCCUGGCCCAGGGCAUGGCGCUCACCUCCACGCUCAUGGCCACGCUGCCCGGCACCUUCCCCGCCUCCCCGCAGCACCAGGAGGCCGCCAGGAAGUUCGCGCCCCCGGGGAACUUCGAGAAAGCCGAGGGCGUACCCCCGGACGGCGGCGGCGACGAUGGCAAAGCCUUCCUGGGCAAGGACGGGGCCCUCCUGCCCUUCCCCGCCGCCGACGCCGUCCAGGCUUCCCUCGCCGGGGCUCUCCGGGGCCAGGGCAAGGAGGACCCCAAAGCAGAGGACGAUGCGAAAGGCAAGGAGGAAAGUUUCUCCAUGGACAGCGAUCUAGAUUACAGCUCGGACGACAACAUCCCCGGCCAGGCGGCUCACAAGGAAGAGGACUCUGGCAACGUGCUCGAGGAAAACCCCCAGAACCCCCCCAGUUCCACCAACACCACGUCCACGGGCAAGAACCGGCGGAGGCGAACAGCCUUCACCAGCGAGCAGCUGCUGGAGCUGGAGAAGGAGUUCCACUGCAAAAAGUACCUGUCCCUGACCGAGAGGUCCCAGAUCGCUCACGCCCUCAAACUCAGCGAGGUGCAGGUGAAAAUCUGGUUCCAGAACAGACGGGCCAAAUGGAAACGGGUCAAGGCGGGCAACGCCAACUCCAAGACAGGGGAACCUUCCCGAAACCCUAAGAUCGUGGUGCCCAUCCCAGUGCACGUCAGCAGGUUCGCGAUCAGGAGUCAGCACCAGCAGCUGGAGCAAGCCCGACCAUGAUCUCUUCCUCCUCCGACGCUCAGAGCCACAAGUUUUUAAAGGGAAAAGUUUCCAACCUGGGGUUUGAAGGCAACCCGCCCGAAUAAAAACAAAAACGAGAGAAGGAGAGAAAAAAAAAAAAAACAAAAAAACCAUAAAAACACCAAGAGGAAAAAAAAAAAAAGGCCACAAAAACCUAAAACAACACACACAAAACAAACCAGAAAACCCCGCGCGAGCGCGUGGCAAAUCCCCACCACGAGCGAACUUUAAAGCGAAACUUUCCGCGAGGGGAAGAGGCUUGGAAACUGUUUGGGUUCGGAGCAGGGUUCUCCCAGGCUGGAAGAGACACACAACCCCCUCCCCAGACACAGACACAGAUAUUUAUUGCGAGGCUUUGGACACCCCGGUGCUGCGAAGGGCACGGCGGAUGCGGAGCGGUGCCGGCGCUGGAUUCCCCUCUCCGGAGCAUCCCCAGCAAAACCCGCGGCGCCUUUUGCCAUCUUUGGGGUUUUCUUUCUUAUUCGGGGGCGAAAGGUAAAGAAAAAAAAAAAACAAAAAAAAAAAAAAAACAACAAAAAGACGGGAGAACAAACAAAAAACCUAAAGAAAACUCAGAGUUUCAUUUCAUGCCUUUUUUUAUU